AUGGCUAAGUCUGGCCUAGAUGUACAAGAUUCGACGGCUACAAAGGAUGAGCAGAAUGCAGGAUCCAACGAGCAGCACGCAGACAGGUCCGCAGACGACUCGUCUCGACGAAGUAGUCUCGACGCCCCAGCUCCUUCUUCCGAAGAGAAAGAUGCCACCAAGCAAUCCAAGCCGCCGAUGUUGAAACUUGUUACUCUCUUUGUCUCUGUAUUCUUCUCGGUGUUUCUCAUGGCUCUCAAUGGGUCGAUACUUGCAACGGCCAUACCACAAAUCACGACGCAUUUCAAGUCACUGGAGGAUAUUGGCUGGUACGGAAGCACUUACUUGAUCGCGACAGCAUGUAUGCAGCCGCUCGUCGGCAAGAUCUACACCCUGAUCCCAAUCAAGCAAACUUACAUCACAUUUAUGACCACUUAUACAGUAGGGUCGGCCAUCUGUGGCUCCGCGACAUCAUCUAAGAUGUUGAUAGGCGGAAGAGCAGUCCAGGGCGUGGGAGGCGCGGGAAUACUGAAUGGGGCGUUCACAGUCAUUGCAUCAACCGCUCCAGAGGGCCAAAAGCCCAUUUUCACCGGAAUAGGCAUUGCCUUGUCGACUGUUGGCCAGGUCAUUGGCCCACUGAUAGGAGGUGCCUUGACACAAAACAUUUCAUGGCGUUGGUGCUUUUACAUUAGCUUGCCUCCUGCAGGUGUCGUACUCCUCGUCCUCACGACUGUCACGAUACCAGAGCAAACAGAGAAGCAGCCUCUCAGAUCGAACUGGAAGAAGUUGAUCACAGAGUUGGAUCUGAUCGGAUUUGCUCUCUUCGCACCCGCCUCGGUGAUGUUGUUGCUGGCGGUCAUCUGGGGAGGCAACAAAUUCGCAUGGGAUUCCGCAACCGUCAUCGGCCUUUUCUGUGGGUCAUUCGUUACGUACCUCAUCUUUGCAGCAUGGCAAUGGCAUCGAGGCGAAAAAGCAAUGAUUCCCCCACAUGUCAUCGGGAGACGGCUGGUACUAGCUGGCUGUGCUACCAAUCUCUUUCAAAUGGCUUCGAACAUGGUCCUUGCAUAUUACUUGCCUCUCUGGUUCCAGGUCGUGAAAGGAGCAACCCCGACCUUAAGUGGCGUGUAUCUUUUGCCUACAGCAAUAUCUCAAAGUAUCGGUGCAGUCGUUGCUGGAAAGAUUGUGCAAGUGUUGAGAUAUUGUACUCCAUGGGCCAUAUUCGGAUCCAUCGUCUCGACCAUCGGUUCAGGCUUGAUAACAACUUUCACUCCCACAACCGGUACUGGGAACUGGAUUGGGUAUCAAAUACUGGUGGGCACCGGCCGUGCAUCAGUCUUUCAGAUGCCGAUCACUGCUAUCCAAGGAUUUCUCCCGAAGAAGGAACAGGCCAUGGCCACGUCACAGGUGUUCUUUUGUCAGUACCUUGGAGGCACGAUAUUCCUUGCGAUUGCACAGACACUUUUCACGGGCAGCCUACGCUCAGCUUUGCACCGAGAUGCCCCAGGUGUCAAUGCUGAACAUAUCAUUGAAGUCGGAGCAUCUGCAGUGAGAUCAGCGGUCUCACCAGCCGAUCUACCUGGAGUGUUGAAGGCAUACAACCAUGCCAUUGUUGACGAUUUCUACCUUUCGGUCGGCGGCACAUGUGCAGCAUUCGUUGCCUGCUUCGGUCUAGGUUUCAAGAAAUUGCCUCAGCGAGAAACAGUCGAAAAGGACACGGCGGCCGAUCUCAAGAGGACGGAGAGCAAUAUCGCCUAGCUGAUGAACAUGGCGAUUCGACAGAUCUUUCAUCAGCAUAUGGAGUUCAACUUGUAGUACGGGCGUUUGGAUCGGCUUAGAGUCCCGGAAAAGCUGCGUGGCCUUUCAUCGGUAACAGGGGUUUAACUGAUGGAAUCGCAACACGAGGAAUUUGUCGACUGAACAUGACAAGAUUGCGAGUGCGCCUCACAGACUUUGUGGUGCACCGUAGAUGUUUUGCCGGGUUUUAGCGAGUCAUGUGGAAUCCUGCUUUGUGCCCCUUCCUUGCUGAUAUUGUAGUCACGUCUCUUUCAUUCUCACUGUAUGUAAGUUACUGAGGCAAUCCGGAGACAAAGCUGUUUAGAAG